GGAAAAGUACUUCCGGUCCGUUUUCUCGGCUGGUGUAUCCAGUGCGCAUGUGCGGUUAUCACACACGUGUGGUGAACGUUUGGACUGACUGCAUGCAACAGAGCUUAAAGACUUCAUAGCGCUUCAGAAAUAACACUUAAAGAAAAAACAUCCCGCGUUUUGUUGUCCUUUCUAAACGAGGUGAAAGAAAAAUAACCUCCGUGAAGCAUUUCGCCGAGAGGGCCGGAAUACCAGAACAAACUAUUUACAAUGACUGAAGCCGCAGUUAACCCAAAGGCCUACCCGCUGGCCGACGCCACGCUGUCCAAGACCAUCCUGGACCUGGUGCAGCAAGCCUCAAACUACAAGCAGCUGAGGAAGGGGGCUAAUGAAGCCACUAAAACCCUGAACAGAGGCAUCUCCGAGUUUAUUGUGAUGGCUGCUGAUGCUGAACCACUGGAGAUCAUCCUCCACCUGCCGCUGCUCUGUGAGGACAAGAACGUCCCGUACGUGUUUGUCCGCUCUAAGCAGGCCCUGGGUCGGGCCUGUGGGGUGUCACGCCCCGUCAUCGCUACCUCAGUCACCAUAAAGGAGGGGUCGCAGCUCAAACCGCAGAUUCAGUCUGUUCAGUUGUCGAUCGAGAGACUGCUCGUCUAAUUUUUGUUGCACUUUUGUGACAAAGUCUCCUUGGAAAAACAGGAAGACAAGUUCCAGCAAAUACUCUUGUCCUCUGUUUGAUAUAAAACAGUUGUUAUGCAUGGCAAGAACAUAUAGAUGUUUUUCUUUUUUACUUCUCAGGACAGCGAGUCCACUUCAGUGUAUCAGUCUGCCACGGCAUCACCUGAUAAAUAAAAUACUUUUUUAAUUUAA